AAAACUACAUUACCCAUAAGCACAUGCCACAGCGCUGCAAGUGGAUUUCUGCACAGACUGCGUCUACACAACCGUUGAGUAUUUAUCCUAAAUCCCUCAUAUUUCCGUGCUAGCUCGUAUCAGCACAUAAACGAACAAACGGAGACUUCGGAGGGGUUGUGUUUGCUCUGUAUUCUCAGACUGACAGAUGGCGUUGAAGCAGAAGGGCGACAAACAGGGCACGAAAUAACCACAAGACAAACGCGUUUGUAAAACAGGCUUUAUUACAGCUUUCAACACCGAGGAAUGAUGGUGGAUAACCGACACGCCACGGCUCUGGUCAUCGCCGGUGUUUUAAGCGCCCUGGCUUCCGUGUAUCUCUCGGUAUCGGUGGGUUCGCCGCACUGGUACCGGUACACGAGCCCUCCGGUGCGCGCGGAGUCCAACGCCACGGAGCUGCGCGCGCUGCAGGACGAGUUUCUGGACAGAGAUUUUGAUGAGAAAACCGCGAGCGACGCGAUGUUCCGCAUGAACGGGACGACCGGGCUGUGGUGGAGAUGCGUGCAGACGCCCACUGAUGCGCACUGGUACAAAGAAGCAGAUCCAAAGAUGCUUCUUGAGUGUGUGAGUUUUACUCCCUCGCAGCAAUUCACACCAAAAUACAAAGAACCAGGAAAUCACAACAGCGGAGAAGACACAAUACGAACCUAUCUGUGGCGGUGUCAAUUUCUCCUGCCGCUGGUGUCUCUGGGUUUAGUGGUUCUGGGCGGUCUGUUGGGUUUUUGUGCGUGUUUGUGUGGCAGUCUCACUCCAGUGCUCUUCAUCGGGUUGUUGCAUCUGCUGGCAGGCUUGUGUUCUCUGGCGACCGUGUGCUGUUUCUUGGCCGGAAUGGAUCUGCUGCACCGUGUGUCUGUGUUUCCAGAUCAUGUGGAUGCCACGCUGGGCUGGUCGCUGUAUCUGGCGCUCAUCGCAUCUCCUCUUCAGAUGAUGUCCGCAGCGCUGCUGGUGUGGGCCGCUCGCAGCCACGGUCAGACCUACUAUCGCAUGACUGCGUACAGAGUCGCUUAAAACUUCAGAUCUCUGGAUGAGCUUGCAGGCCAUUGAAAGAUUGAUUUGAGUUUUGAUCCUUCAGCACUUUCUUCUCAAUCUAGAUCAUUUUUUUUCUGCUGCUGUGAAGAUUCUUGAACUCUGUACAAAUCUGUCUGGUCUGAAACACAAGUUCGUUCUGAGGAGAAAACAAGAUGAUGUCUCUCAAGCAGUCUUUUAACUGCUUAGGGUUUAACACUGCCCAUGAUAUUCAUGCCUGGUUUAGAUGGUGUGGCCAGGGUUUAAAAUAAAAGUUUUUUAUUCACCUUCCAAUUUGACUACAAACUUUACUUGGCAAAUAUAAACAGAUAAUCUGGGUUUAUAAAAGGCAUUUCAUAUCUCCUUCCUAACUAUUUCAUCCUUUACUGUAUGACCAUCUAAAAAGUAUUUUUGGUGAAAGGGAUAAAGUAUUAACCCUUGCGUGCCACUUGAUAUAAACACUUGUGUGUUCUCAUCUUGUGCAGCUUUGUUUUUUAUGGAGACUUUCUUCUUACACAGGGUUGGUUACCCCGGGCAAAUAUCACACAUUAUCGUUUGCAAUGCACAGAAUAUAAGUUGCAGCAGUUAUUGUUUUUUGUCACCCAAUAUUGCUUAAUUACCAUAUUUAUAACGGCCGUUUCACACCGCAUGUGUAGGCAGCACAUACUUUUUUUGGAGCCCAUGUUAACAGCUGAGAGCAUUCACACCGAACACGUAAACAGCGCAUGCUCGCGCAGCAGAUGAAUUAAAUUAAAUUAAAGUGACAGUGCACUCUUUACAGUCAAAAUGCACAUGGAUUGACAGGAAAAAGCAACACCUUUACCUUUAAAGUGUGUAAGUGGUGUCUAAUGUGUUUUUGACAGCCUCCAUGAGUUUUUUUUGGCCAAACCACAACAUCACAUUUAAAGAAUGUUAAGAAUGUGAUUAAUGUUAUGCUCUUACUGCAUAUGAAUGAGGGGGAAACGCUGUCAGUGUACUACCUAAACCCUACUGUCAACCUAACCUUCAGAUAAAACUACAUAGACAUCAUGUAGUGACUUAAAUCCUAUCCUUCAAAGCACGACGGCCUUUUAUUAAGAACUUGUACAUUCUGCGUGGAUCUAAAAGAGCAUGAAUCAAACAAAUUAAAGUAAUAGAAUCUACAUAAAAUACGCUUUUUGAUGAAGUUAUGGAAGCCAUUUUUCUCAUUGUUUUUUUUUUAUUCUAUCAUUUUUGACUGAAGUGAGCGUAAAAAGUUGAGAAAGAAAACAGAUGUCAAAACAUUAAAUUAGUGACCGCAGCCUCCUGCCGUUCUAUUUGGUUGAUAUGACUCAAAUGAAAAGAGAUGCACUCACUGCUGGCUCUGUAACCAUGAUCUCAUUUCUAUGUGUUGUGGAUGUGACUUGUGCCAUAUCACCACCAUUAAUACCUAUGAAACCAAUGAUUCAAUUACUACUACAGCACAAAAUAGUUUAUUCAUCAUAGAUCUGGUCACUUUAUUUUACUCUCAAAAUGCCACCCUCGAUAGGCCAAAAAAUGUGAGUCUUAUUUGAGUUUUCCUUUUAAAAAGUAGCAUUUUUAUUAUGAUGAACUCGGUAUGUUAAGCUAUGUUUUUAUAUACCAUAAUUGGAUAAAACUGGUUUUGUGGGUUAUAAUUAUGGCCCCACUUCUUUCGAGGGACAUACCAUCAAAGUUUAAGAAAAGUCUGCCUAAGAAGCUCAAAAACGGCAUGUUACUAGUUAGUUUCAAGGGAAAUAAUCUUUAAAUAAUGUUCUUAAUUUUUUUGACAAAGUAUGUGUCUACUCUCGCGACCCCUGAAAAAGAAAGUUCAGGCUCAGGAUAUGAAACGGGCAUAAGACUUCACUAUUAUGACGAUUCAACAGCCUAGUAGAAGUUGUCUUGUUUUACGUGAACUUCACCAGCAAAGUGAGUGAAGAUAAUGAAUGAAACAUAGCGUUACCCACCACACCCGCACUUGUCACGCUAGCAUGUGUUCAUUUCAGACCCUGCAUGACUGUGUACAUUAAAUGGCAUUUGUCAGGUUUUUGUCUUAUUAUGAUAAAACAGAAACAUCAUCUGCCUCUGCAAGAAAACAAGUCUAUGUUUCUUUUAUGGUGUAUUGCUCAAGUAAAUAAAGUUGUGAGGAGUUUUUCCUCAAGUUUGAUCAGUUGUGCGGUGAUCUCUAAAUGCAUGUUGUCUUGGCCUUCUGAUCAAAUCCAUACAUUAAAAAAGAAGUGAUUCACAGAUUCAGAAUGUUAUUUUCUCACCCAGUUAAGUGUUAUGUUCAUGUGAUUUAUAUUUUUAAUGUUCUGGAACAGUUUUCAUGUUUAACAAACUAUGUUGAGUUGGCACAUGAUCAUUCUUAAUGCUGAUUGUAUGCUUAACUUAUUACUAUUUAUUCAAUUACAUUUUAUUUUGAAUGUAUAAUUUGCAAACAUUGCUGAACAUUUAUUUAUUUUACACUGUACAAAUGUUUUUAAUUUCACUCACACAUAUGCUUAUGUUGCACAGCAAUCUUUUUGG